AUGCCCGCACGGGAGCGCAGCGACCGGCGCCGCGGCAGCGGAGACCUGGGUGGACGCCAGAGCGGCGAAGACAGCAACGACCUGGAACUCGACGCCCUGCAGCCGUGCAUUCGCAAGGCCAGCAACUGCAGCAACUACAGCACGCUCAGCCGGCGCGACAGCAUCUCGAUGGUGGGUGACCUGAUCAACGACUUCCAGCUGACGAUGAAGAAGCUCAUGGCUGAGAAGGGCGAGUCAUCGUUGACGUCGUGGUUUCGCCACUUCGACACGAAUGGAAACGGGAAGAUAGACUACGAGGAGUUUUAUUCUGGCUUGCAGCGCCUGAACUAUCCAACAUUAAGCGUCUUUGGAGGGAGGUUGACAUCGAUGGAUCAGGCGAGAUCACGUUCGACGAGAUCGAUGCAGACUCCGCGCAGGUCUGGAACAUGUUCCGGCGGUGGUGCGGAUCCAAGUUCUCUGGCCCGAAGGAC